AUGGAAAAUGCUGACUUGGAGGGGUGGAGACUGAGCUUUGAUCCUUAUGCUUCAAAACGGUCCUUUUGUAUACUCCGUGGAGGACCAUAUGGCGGUGCUGCCACCGCUUCCGAUGAACCGCCCUCGUCAUAUCACUGGCAACAGCAACUUGAAAAUGACAGCACUGCCUGCUACUUUGGGGAUCCAUUCUCAACCAUGAGAGAUCCUUUCCUUCACCAGCUCUACAUCCCUCCUACUUCUUCCUCCUCUUACUUCGAAGAACCACCGAUAUUGCCGCCGCCUACCUUGCCUACUCCAUGUUAUAACAGUUAUGGUGGUGCACCCCUUCAACAUGACAUGAGAUCUUCCUCCUCUUCUUCUUCAAUUAGCUGCAACAACAUAUUCUCGAACAUGAUUCAUAUCUCUCCGAGCACUAAUAACACUUCUUCUUCUUGUUCCUCUUCGUCUUCUUCAAAAUUAGCCAUCUCUUCCUCUUCUUCUUCUUCUCCUUCUAUGCUCUCAAAUGUUAACGUCAUGGUCAAUGCAACAUCAAUCCCCUCCAACAAGUAA